AUAUAAUUAAAUAAAUAGUACACAAACAUUGUUUAAUAAAGAAAGACGUAUUUAACAUAUUUUCGAAUUUUUACACUUAUAAUACUCAAGCAUGGUGGUAGGGACUACGCAACAUCCUCAGGACCAGCAUCAAGUAUAUAGUAUACCCACAUCUUUACCAUCAACACAACAAAAUGAGACCUGGUGGAAACUUAACCGUAAAAAUAGGCCACAAGCUAAUUCUGUGGCAACAGCAUCAUUCAUAUUUAUAUCGGGUGGUAUAAAUAUGGCAUGGAAACUUGGACUAUCGGUAAAUUCCAAUACAGGUUUCUUGUUAACAGAAAGAAUGGUUUCAAGUUGGUUUGAGGGUGCCUUAAUUGGUGCCAUAGGUGGUGCUUAUUUCAGUAAAUAUUUUCCCAAGAAACUAUUAAUGUGGAUGUCAUCAAUGCUAGUCUUUAUCAGUGGUAUAUUACAGUUGACUGAUCCAAAUUCAUAUGAUACUAUAAUGGCUUCUAGAUACCUAAAUGGACUUGCUGUCGGCUUCAUAUUUCCCCUGACAUUUGUUUUAAUUGGCGAAGAGCUUAUAAGACCACUACGAGGUUUCCACGCCUGUAGCGUCGAUACAAUAUCAUUUAGUUGUGGUAUAUUUAUACAGAUUAUUUAUCCCAAAUUAUUUUCCAAUGAUCCUGAGGCCCCGUUUUCAGCAACUCAAAUGUAUGGGGUACUCAAUAUAAUUUGUGGUAUAAUAGCAUUCAUUCUGACAACUAUAUACCUAAUAGAGUCUCCCAUUUUCUAUUUGCUACGUGAGGACGAACGCAUGGCCUUAGACGCUUUGAAAGCUUUACAGAAACCUCAUGAAUUAACCGCUGAAAUCUACGAACAGUUGGAGGAACACAAACGUUAUUUGGCCGAAAGUAAAGAAAAAACAUUUAAGGAAAAUGCCAUCUACGGUAUACCAGCUUUGCUAAAACUAUGUUUCUAUCGUUCCUUUAUGGCUCUCGGAUUUUCAUAUUUUGUAAAUUUUGCUUUUGCCUAUUCUUCGCUAGUUACCGCAGAACCCAAUACAUAUUUUUAUAUACACAUUUUCUAUGCACUUGCAAGAUUAUUAGGUCCAUUGAUUGCCUCAUUUACUUUAGAUUCCUUAGGCAGAAAGCCAAUUAUGAUUAUAGGUUUCUUCGGUAGCACAAUUUUGGCCUUCAAAGUGGGUGCUAUUUUUAAUAAUAAACUAAAUUAUCUCAUAGUCGAGCGCAUGAAUACCGUCAAAUAUGUUUUGGUCUUCUUUCAAUUGUUCUCCUCCAUGUCAAUGGCUUCGUCAUCGGCCUAUUUGAGUGAAGCCUUUCCGUUGCCAGUCAAACGCCAUUAUUUGACCAUUGUAUUCAUGGUAGAAAUGCUGGUUCACAUUAUAAUUAACUCAUGCAAAGAUCUGUUUGUUGUAAAUAAUUUAUUCUGUAUCUCGGAUUAUUUCAUAACGUUGGGUUCUCUCUCGCUGGUGUUUUUACUGAUGUCAAUAUUUAUAAUGCCAGAAACUAAAUUGUGCUCUUUACGUGAAUGUCUACCGAAAUUUAGAAAAUUUAUAAACUUUUAAUAAAAAACGAUAAAUAACGUACUCAGCAAAAG